CACCAUUCACCUUCUGUUGAAAGGGUCCCCCAUAUUUUUCAAAAGUUAUUUUCUUUGCUCAAUCAAUAUUUUCGUCUUGAUCGUCUCUGAAAAAACAAUUCUCGCAAUAUUAUUUUUGUUUCCCUAUAUUGUUUUGCUUCUCUUGAUCCAGUCGUUUGUUCAAUUUAACGCUCUCAUCCUUCUCCUGCCUGCAUCAAAAUUCAGAGAACAAUGUCCGAGGAUAACUUCAUGGAUAAUGGUGAAGAUGUCAAGUCUUCUACUACUAAACAGGUUGAUCCAGCAGUACCUGCAUCUUUGACAUGGCAAAGAAAAAUAGACAGUGACGCAAAGGCUCCCCGGGAAUUCGCUCUUACUGCUAAAGAGAUUCUCCAGAUGGCUCCUGUGGGCAUUCGGUUAUGGUUUCUUGUCAGAGAAGAAGCUGCGAAGGGAAGGUUGGCCUUCAUAGAUCCUUUCUCUAAGCACUCUGUAACGUCUUCCCAUGGUGUUCCACUUGGAGGUAUUGGUUCUGGUAGCAUAGGAAGGAGUUUUAAAGGUGAAUUCCAGCGAUGGCAGCUAUUCCCUCCAAAAUGUGAAGAUGAACCAGUUCUUGCAAAUCAGUUCUCAGCAUUUGUUUCCCGGGCCAAUGGUAAAAAGUACUCCAGCGUGUUAUCUCCUUGGAACCCAAAGCUGGCAAAACACGAGUCGGAAUCUGGAAUUGGUUCAUGGGACUGGAAUCUGAAAGGAGACAAGUCUACAUAUCAUGCUUUGUAUCCGAGGUCUUGGACAAUUUAUGAGGGUGAACCUGAUCCAGAGCUUAGAAUUGUUUGUCGUCAAGUUUCACCUUUUAUACCUCACAACUACAAAGAAAGCAGUUUCCCUGUGUCUGUUUUCACUUUCACCAUUCAUAAUCUCGGAGACACUACUGCGGAUGCGACAUUGCUCUUUACUUGGGCGAAUUCUGUUGGAGGAGACUCAGAGUUCUCAGGUGGCCACUACAAUUCCAAGAUAAUGAUGAAUAACGGAGUCAAGGGUGUGCUCUUACACCAUAAAACAGCAAACGGAUUACCAUCAUUGUCAUAUGCGAUUUCAGCUCAGGAGACGGAUGGUGUAAGUGUCUCAGUCUGCCCUUUCUUCACAGUAUCUGGAAAGCAAAAUGGAAUCACAGCAAAUGAUAUGUGGGAGACUAUCAAAGAGCAUGGUUCUUUUGAUCACCUUGAUUCUUCUGAGGCGUCGAUGCAAUCUGAACAUGGAUCAUCGAUCGGGGCAGCAGUAGCUGCUUCUGCGACAGUCUUACCAGGAGAGUCACGCAUUUUCACAUUUUCUUUGGCUUGGGACUGCCCUGAAGUGCAAUUUCCUAGUGGUAAAAUAUAUUCAAGGCGUUACACAAAGUUCUAUGGCACUCAUGGCGAUUCUGCAGCACAAAUUGCUUAUGAUGCUAUCCUUGGACAUAGUCAAUGGGAGUCUUGGAUAGAAGACUGGCAGAGACCAAUACUUGAAGAUAAAAGGCUGCCUGCAUGGUACCCUAUAACUCUCUUCAAUGAGCUUUAUUAUCUUAAUUCGGGAGGAACUGUUUGGACAGAUGGAUCAUCUCCACUACACAGCUUGGCAGGAGUCAGAGAAAAGAAGUUCUCACUUGAUAGAUCUCAAUCUGUUCUAAAGAACAUUAUAGAUGCACCAAAGCAGCAGAAGAAUGAUACAGCAGUCUCCGUUCUUGAAAAAAUGGCUUCAACGCUUGAGGAACUUCAUGCAUCAAUAGCAUCAAACUCUGCAUUUGGCACCAAGUUACUAGAAGAAGGAGAAGAAAACAUUGGGCACUUUCUCUACCUAGAAGGAGUCGAGUACCGUAUGUGGAACACCUACGAUGUUCAUUUCUAUGCAUCUUUUGCACUGGUGAUGCUUUUUCCAAAACUAGAACUUAGUAUCCAGAGAGACUUUGCUGCUGCGGUCAUGCUACACGAUCCCACUAAAGUGAAAACUCUCAGUGAAGGACAAUGGGUUCUGAGGAAAGUUCUUGGUGCAGUUCCUCAUGACUUGGGCAUCAACGAUCCUUGGUUUGAGGUUAAUGGAUACAAUCUUCACAAUACUGACCGGUGGAAAGAUUUAAACCCCAAGUUCGUCCUCCAGGUGUACAGGGACGUCGUUGCUACAGGUGACAAAAAGUUUGCAUUAGCGGUAUGGCCAUCAGUGUAUGUUGCAAUGGCAUAUAUGUCUCAGUUUGACAAAGAUGGUGAUGGAAUGAUUGAGAACGAAGGGUUUCCUGAUCAGACGUACGAUACAUGGUCCGCAUCUGGUGUUAGCGCUUACUGUGGUGGACUUUGGGUGGCUGCAUUGCAAGCUGCAUCCGCAUUGGCACGUGAAGUUGGUGACAAGAACUCUCAGGACUAUUUUUGGUCGAAGUUUCAGAAAGCAAAGGUUGUGUACGAGAACAAGUUGUGGAAUGGAUCAUAUUUUAAUUAUGAUAAUAGUGGAAGUCGAUAUAGCUCGUCUAUACAAGCUGAUCAACUAGCUGGUCAAUGGUACGCAAGAGCAUCAGGUCUUAUGCCUAUUGUAGAUGAAGACAAGGCUAGAAUGGCUUUGGAGAAAGUUUACAACUUUAAUGUGAUGAAGAUUAACGAUGGAAAACGCGGGGCCGUAAACGGGAUGCACCCUAAUGGGAAAGUUGAUACAGCAUCGAUGCAAUCACGAGAGAUAUGGUCUGGUGUUACUUACGCGCUGUCUGCAACAAUGAUUCAAGAAGGUCUAGUUGAAAAGGCGUUUCAGACUGCGAGUGGUAUAUAUGAAGCUGCCUGGUCAGAAACCGGACUGGGUUACUCGUUUCAGACUCCUGAAGCUUGGAACACAAAUGAUCAGUAUAGAGCACUGACUUACAUGCGUCCCCUUGCCAUAUGGGCUAUGCAAUGGGCACUGACAAGAACCAGCAACAAACAGAAACACUUCGGUCUGGAACCUGAACUAGAACCAGAGCCUAGUUCUCUAAUGAAACAUGAUAUCGGUUUCUCCAGGGUUUCUAGGCUUCUUAACCUACCAAAUGAAGCAUCAGCAAAAGGCACAGUUCAGACUUUGUUUGAAUAUGCUUGCAGGAGAAUGAUGUCAUAGAUUCACUUUGCAGUUAUCAUGCAAUCAUUGACUACACACAUUGUUUCCCAAAAUUAUUUUGUUUUUCACAAGUAUUGUAAAAAAUUCAACCUAUAAUGCUUACAACUUAACAGAUUUAUCUUAUGAUGUGAAGAAAGACUAAAUUUAAUUGUGUACAGACCAAAGUUCAAAUGAAGCAUCA